AUGCUCCAAAUGAGAUAGCACUAGAUUAGACAUUCUACAAUCCUUUUUAUUUGGAUUCCAUUUGAACAACACACUUUAUACCAGAGCCUUUUUUUUGCCUCUAAAACUACAAAGUUUAGAUACUCCAAGCCCAAUUUUAGUAAAUCAUGAAUAAUACUUGAAUAGAGUUAGAAGUUUGAUAAAGUUUAUCAGGUUCUGGUGAGGAGGUUAAUUAAAUUGGAGGUAAUUUCUUUAAUUAAAUUAUAGCUUGUUAUAAGUUUUAACACUAUUAACAAAUAGAUAAAAUUAACUCUAUUUUAUUUUAUAUGUUAUUUGAUAUCUUGAUUCACAUAUUAACUGUUAUUCUCUCUUGUAGUAGAAUUAGGGUUUCUAAUAAUACAUAAUAAAUCUGGUGUGGAAUUUUCGUGAUUUAAAAGAAUUAUAAAUGA